UUUAUGUGCACUCAUUGCACGUGCCAAGCUGCAAGUCACCUCUUGAUGUUCUCCUUCAUCAGCCUCAACAACAUAAAUAAACAAACACCACCACCAACCAACAGUCAAUCUUCAGACAGAUAGGGAGAGGUGGUUCAUUCAGUCUGUGAAAUUAGUAUUGUUGUUGAAGCUCUAGAUAGUGGAAUUAAUUAAGUAAAAGGACGAUGGGCGUGGUGAUAAUCGACGGAACUACAGUGAGGGAGUUCGUGAAAGAGGAGGCGCAGUUCAAGAAGAGCGUAGACGAGCAGUUUGUGGCUCUGGACCUCAACAGCGAUGGCGUUCUGUCGCGGGCGGAGCUACGCAAAGCGUUCGAGUCGCUGAGGCUGAUUGAGGCCCACUUCGGCAUCGACGUGGCCACCCCACCGGAGCAGCUGACUCAGCUCUACGACUCCAUAUUCGACAAGUUCGACACCGACCAGAACGGGACGGUGGAUCUCGAGGAGUUCAGGGAGGAGAUGAAGAAGAUUAUGCUGGCCAUCGCCGACGGGCUCGGCUCAUCCCCUAUUCAGAUGGUUCUUGAGGACGACGACCAAAACUUUCUCAAGAAGGCUGCCGAUCUCGAGGCGUCCAAGACCUCCCUCUGAAUCUGAAUCACUCUCACUUUCUUCCUCCUCCGCUAGCUAGCUAGCUUCUAGUUUGCUUCUGCAGACCAUGUGUUGUUAUCUUGUGCUCUUUUUCUUUUUCUUUUAUUAACUGCAAAAAACAGCCUUGAGUACUGUAUGAUGAGUUGAGCCUGUCUUUAUGUUAUAUCAAGUAUAUAGAUGUAAAUAUAUUAUCAUCCAUAAAUAGAAUUCAGUCUCUCCUCCAUUUUCUCCUCUCCAA